CUAUGCUCCACGACAGCAUGCAGAGGCAGGCCACGAGCGCGACGUCCGUGGCCAGUGCUACCACUUCAGCCCUGCCUACACAAGCUGACACGUUGCGCGGUCGGCUGAUACCCAGAACAGGAUGGAUGAAGAGAAUACCGUCGAGAGUAGACUUCCUCACUCCUCCGACUCCUCCCGCCGAUCAUUGUCCCGCCUAUCACACCAACGAGACCUCAGCAUGCACAGCGCAGCAUUCAACAGCCAACAGCCCGCGCGAGCGGACUCUGAUUCCAUUCCAUGCCCGUGGACCAGCACCCAUCCAUCAUGCGUGUGAAUCUGCCGCUGCCGCUGAAUGUAUACGGCGCUCCAAAUACAGCACAGCUUGCUUACUACUCGUGCAGUGCGCGACCGCCGACCGCCAACCGCCAACCCCCAGCGUUGCUUGUCAAUCCUUCGUUCGCCGGCUUUGACCGAGCACAGGCCAGGCCCUCGAUACGCCAACGCCUCUCUAACACCAACCUUAUUUCACCGAUCACCUGCGUUCUACCUCUCCCGUGAACCAUCUCCCUUUCUACCACAACUACACCUGCCGAUUGUGUCGUUUUGAGGAGAUGUAGCAGCCUCCUUCCUUUCACUCCUUACAAUGCAGCACCAGUGAACCAGAACCAGCAUCCCAAGACUUGAGCACAAAUGCCUUCGUCAGCUGUCGAACGAACGCGCUUCACCACCUGGACUGAUUGGAAUCAUCAGCCGGGUCUAUGGAUCGUUACCGUGCUCUCGCUCAGCUAUGCUUCGCUCACCUUGAUCGUUCGACAUCUCAUAAGGAGGAAGUUUACCAGCACUGAUGCCAUUCUUUGCGCUGCUUACGUCUUUGGAGCCAUUAGCUAUGCUCUUAUGUUUGCAGCCCUACAACAAGGGGCUGGCAAGGCUCCAACGCGACUGACAGCCGAUGCAUAUGCCGACUCCUCGAACCUGCUCUACACGAGUAUCAUAUUCCUCCUUCUCGCAUGCGGCACAGCAUCGUGUGCAUCACUGGGCCAGCUGGAAGAGAUUAUUAUCGGCCGCAAAGACAAGAGAAUAUGCUGGACAAGCAUGGCAUUUUGCGCCUGCUCGACUAUCGCAAACCCUAUCAUCGUCUCCGCCGGAUGUUCCAGCACUCGAAGCUUGGAUGUUCACCCCGCCGGAUGCUCUGCGCUCGUCUCUCGCUGGAGCGCUACAAUCGUCCUCAUCAUCAUCAACCUGCUGCUUCCUGCUCUGCUCCCGUUCUACCUCUUCAGAAAGCUGCAUACGAAAGUUAAUCGCAAAGUCAGUAUCUACGUCGCAUUCGCCUUCCCGCUCGUCAACAUCCCGGUCGCCGCCGUGGCUCUGCGGCUGUACGUUCGAUUCAACCAAGUAGGAAGUGAUGGCACGGGCAUCGUCAACUUCCUGUGCGCUUUGGAAGUCCUCCUCGGAUGGAGUCUCAUUUGCGUGACUAUCCCAAUCGGCCGCCCCAUGGCUCUACGAUUUCACACCAACGGCACCCUCAUACUCAGCGAGUACGGCAGUAAUGUCACACCAGGUCGAAAUACGAAGACCAUUUCCGAACCGCCGAGCAAGCGUGCAGCGUCUGUGCCUUACGACAACGACUUUCAUAUAGAUCGAUUCAUGCAUUCGUCUUCGGCUAGAAGGAGUUCGAGCGUGGCGCCUGAUCCGGAGACUAUGCGUGGCAUUCGCAAGACGGUCACGAUGGAGGUGGAGAAUCAUGAUCCGAUAUCUUUUAUCAUGAAGGAACAAGCCUAGUGUCUUGGGAUUGCGAACCACAGUCUUUAUUCAAAGCAUCAAUCAUACCGGUUGACGACGUGCGACAGGAGUCGGGGACCGAGGAGAACUGCGCGUCGUGAAUCAGCACGAUCCAAGUUUCUGGCCCAUCGAUCUCAUCAGCCUCAGACCUCUCGCAGAGCCAAAAGGAGGAGGCCCUGCCGCGAAGCCAUGAUGGCCCACACAUCGCUGUUGAAAGCUCAGAUCUCACCGGGGUAGAGCGCAUGGUCGAUUGUGUAUGGAAAAGUGUGGAGAACCAGCUGCAGAAUGGGACAGACACCAUUGCAAUUUCCAUUCGAUAUACACCCACAUCUCACAGUCAAGACGAGCAGUAGGAGAAGGCAGACCUGCGCAGCGGCGACUUAGAGGCUGACAGCGACGUCUGGGCUGCCACCAGGCUACGAAUUUGUGCCAAACUUCAUUGGAGACAAGAGGCAUGAUAGAGCAAUCACGCCCAUAAGGGAAUCCGAAUCCCGCAUUCUCUCCACAACUGACGGCUUGGGUGUGACUUUGUUAAGGCUUUGUGAAUAGUCUUCUCUAAGCUAGAGCCUCUCUAAAAUUCUACCUUCUAAUAUUCU